AAAAUGUCGACUGGCUCAAAGCAGAUUGUCGAAGCUGAAUUGAUCGCAGAAGAAAAUGGCGCUGGCGCUUUAGAACCAAAGCAAUCACCAAAAGAACAACGCAAAUUGAAGCGCAAGCAUUCAAUCGUUGUGGAUAACGAAGAUGGUGCUCAAGGAGAUGCUGAUGCCCCACAAGUGCUGACACCUGUUCAGAAGGAAAAAUUUGCGAUGCCACCACCGCCCCCUCCUCCUACGCCUGUGCAGGCCCCAGCGCGGUCGACGUCGGCAGGAGCAGCGGCGGCGACAGCGGCAGCAACUGAGACCGAAGAUGACGAGGCAAAUUCGGAAAAAUGGGAAGAUCCUUGUGCACCACCCCCUCCACCACCACUCCCCUGUAAUAAGCGGGCUACUUGUCAAGGUUAUGUUAAAUUAACAGCAAUUAAGCUAAAAGACGCACUGGAAGAGGCCAUUACGAAAAUGGAGACAAAUAAAAGGGAACAACAACAACAUCAUCUACUACAGCAGCGAUCAACAUUUGAUUCUGUGCUUGUAUUGGAUGAGUUCAAAGCUGACGCUGUGAAAAUGUCGCCUAUAUGUUUGAAUAAUCGUGCCUGUUCCGAUUCCAAUUCCCAAUCCAUAAUCCUGCAUCCCAAGUUCAACAAACCCGAAGUAAUACGCAAACUGGAAAGGGCACUCAAAAUUGUCAACUUGCUACAGCGUCAGACAACGAAUGUGAUUAUAUCGAGGGAAGCGAUACCCUUGCCACCGGCGGCCAGCACACAUGAUGACGAAGGUCAGGUGGGUCUAAUGACAUUGCAGGUGCUAUCGGCGCGUGCCUCCACGCCCUACACCCAGCCCACCAGCCAGUUGUCCUGUACCGCAGUCAGCUGUGAUUUGCAUCUGAGUCCGCCUCCGUCUCUGCCUCCUGUGGCCUCCAAGGCAGUGGGCAAGAAACCGUUGACAGAACCCCAACAGACAACCCAAAAACGCAGCAUCUCGGCCACAACAACAACAACAACAGCAACGGGUAGUCUGCGUCUGCCCAAGUUGCGUGGUACACAGUCGUCCACACCGUUGCCCACGUCCAAAUCGAUGUCGAUGGAGCCCUUGCAGAAAUAUACACGACAGCAUCUGCUGGACAUAAGGCACAGCAUGUUGCAUGCACUCAUGCAUCGCUCCAAGGAGUCGCUAACCUUCAGCAUGCCACGCAUUGCAACUUGCGAUGACAUUGAACUGGAGGCACGACUGAGACGCAUGAAUCUCUGGCGCUCUGCGGAUGCAGUUGCUCGCAAUACGCACAGCUUUAAGCCACGUUCAAACACCAACACGAAUAUUGCCAAUGGCAGCAAUGAGUGCAUGCCUGCCUUCUAUAAGAACAAAACCAAGCAACAGCAACUGAUCAGCGAUGAUUCCAUCAUACAGAGUCAGCCUCCACAGCCACAGCAGGAAUUUCAGGAUCCCGCCAUUGUUAAUCAGAGGCGCAUUGGCAGCGGACGUUUGUCGCACACGAAAUGGACCUACAACAACAACGAUUACAAGCAACCUUACAACAGUCAUCACCCCACAUCUCACAUGGAUGAUGCGAAGCAUCACAACUCGAAUGGAGGCAGCAAUAUGACGGUCUUAAAGUUCUUUGAUAAUGGGGAACUCGGCACUACGCAAUUGAAUGCGACACAGCAAUCGAAUGGACGUCCAAAUACGCCCAUUAUGGGCAUGUCCAACAACAACAAUCAUAAUCGCUCCGAAAAUGAGAGCUUGAAAUCGAAUGAAUCCACUGAGGACUUAAAUCGAGCCAAUGAGAAUUAUGUGAAGCGUGUUAUGUCCGGUUUCUUGGUCGUUUCAAAGCCAAAAUCUCGUGAAUCGGAGGAGCGUCAUUAUCGUCGCUACCGAAAUAGCAAUGAGGAGCCGGAGUGGUUCAGUUGUGGUCCAACCUCAAGACUGGAUACCAUUGAAUUAUGUGGCUUUGAUGAGGAUGAGGAGAAGUUGCUAAAGGAGGGAAACCACACGCAAAAUGAUAACAGCAUGCAAAAGCACAAGAUUGAGAAGAGCAAAUACAAAUGGCAGCAUCCGGAUGCUUUGGGACGCAAUGGCAGCAGCAGCAACAUUAGCAUCAACAACAGCAGCAGCAGUAGUAGCAACAACAACAAUGUUGGCAAGCCAAUUCCAAAGCAGGACAGCAACAAUAACAACAACACCUUGGAGAAUAUGAACAAAAUGAAUGCAAAUGAGCAACAUCAAAUGUCACAGUCUGUCAAGGAUGAGAAACGUCGUUUGGGACAAUUCGAUAGAUUUAAUCAAAACAACAAUUAUGGACGUGUUGAGGGCAACCAUCAGCAGCACCAGCAGCAACAACAACAACAUCAACAUCAACAGCAACAUCAAACUUCGCAUGCAGCCAACAAUAUUAAUAAUAACAAUAACAACAAUAAUUCGAAAUUUAUGUCCUUCUUUGCUCGUGAACGCAUGGAGAAAAAUGGCUCAUCAUCAUCCCUCAAUGAGUUCUUCAAGCAGGCAAUAGGCCCGAACAAUAACAAUAACAAUUGCCAGAAUUUGGAGCAGCCCAAAAGCCUUGGUUAUAUCAAUCAAAUGCCAUCGGUGGAUCAACUUGAAGCCAAAUGGCGUCGCAACUCCCUCGGCAAUAUUAAUGAAGCUUCAGGUGCAGCAGCAGCAACAACAACGGCUCAUCCAAAUACGAACAACACCAAUAACAAACAAUCGGAUAAUUUCCAAAAAUUAAUUGGUGCUUUGAGUGGUGCAAAACCAUUGCAUGGUCAACCUCAACCACCGCAAGUUGGCAAUGACGCCAUUUCGAAUUUUAUCAUGCAGCAGCAGCAAUAUCAACAGCAACAACAGAAGCAACACGUGCUAAUUCAACAGCAACAACAGCAAACUGCUUUUCUGGCGAGCCUACAACUAAAGGCCAUUCUCGGACGAGCUGACACACAAUUGUUGUUGUUACGUCUAACUAAAGGUGAAAUCUCAAAGCAUGGCUUGCUGGUGCAGUUGGCCAAUCCUCGGCUGACAAACAUGGAUCGUGAGGCCAUAACGGCAGUGCUGCAAUUUACAAACACACAGCAGCAGCAACAACAGCAUCAGCAACAGUUGGAGAUGCUCUCGAGCACUGUGAUUGCUAGUCAAUUGCAGAAUCUACACAAUUUGGCCAUUGUGCAGCAAACUUUGGCUGCACGCCAGCAACAGCAACAACAGCAGCAACAACAACAGCAGCAACAACAACCACAGACACAGACACCGCAGCUAACGCAGGAAGAUUUGCGUGCUCAUGCCAACAACAUAAUGCGCAAUGCGGUUAUUAAACGUAAAAUGGAGGAGCAAACAUCCAAGUUGCUUAACAUGAAUGUGGCAAGCAAACAGCAAUCGUUGCAGCAGCAGCAGCAGCAACAAACUCGCAAUCAAUUGCCACCGAUGCUUGGCCAAAGAUCAGCACGCCAGGAGACGAAUCAUUCAUCUAAUGCAUUGUUAAAUGCGCUUAUCACUGGUAAAAACCAUCAACAACAAGUCACACCCGGUGUCAUGUUAUUGUCACAGCAACAACAACUGCAGCAACAAUCGCAACAGGGAAAUUCACGAAGAUUCGCAGAAACUGGGAGUUUUCAAUCAACUGAAAUGUCACAGCCUUCGGCACAGUAUCAUUCAUACCCACAACAACAACAACAACAACAGGCUUCACAACAACUUUUUCGCCAACAAAACAAUAACAAUAACAGCAACAACAACUUUAACAAACCUCACAUUCAAUCACAACAACAGCCUUUGGCAAUGUUGUCGAGCGGAAGCGGCGGAGAUGAGCUUCAUUAAAAAGUUUGCAUCGACGACUGUCGGCAUGAUGGCCAUCGGCAUCGGUUCCACGGUGAUCAUCUAUAGUACCCAUCGUUUUUUAAUAAAGCCCCAUCUAGACAAAA